AUUUGAAUUAGGACCCAUUUAAAGCAUGAAAACCCUAAUAUGUAUCUUCUUCUUCGUCCAUCUGCUUCUCUCGGAGAUUUGGUUGCGAAGAAGAACGAGCUUAAGAUUUUGAUUCAGGUGGAGAUUUAAUCAGUUGAUUAUGGAGAGUGAAACGAAACCAACCUUCAGCAAAUCAACAGGGCUUCCACGCAAGCGAUUCUACAGAGCAAGAGCUCAUAGCAACCCACUCAGCGACUCUCACUUCCCCAUUCCCAUCUCCCCAUCUCACGUCGACUUUUCGCUUCACUUCCCCAAGUUCGUUGGAGCCAACAACGAAGAAGAAGUCUCGAAGAAGGUUGAGUUCGCUGAUAUCGGAUGCGGCUUUGGCGGCCUUCUCAUCUCCCUCGCGACGCUCUUCCCUGAUACAUUGAUGAUCGGCAUGGAGCUGAGGGAUAAAGUUACUGAAUACGUCAAGGAACGGAUCUUAGCCUUGAGGAAGACGAGCUCGGGGGGACAGUACGAGAACAUCUCUGUUGUUAGGACUAACUCGAUGAAGUACAUUCCGAAUUACUUUGAGAAAGGACAGCUUUCCAAGAUGUUUUUCCUCUUUCCGGAUCCGCAUUUCAAGGAGAAGAAUCACAGGAGGAGGGUGAUUAGUAUUGAUUUGCUGGAUGAGUAUGCGUACGUUCUUAGAGCUGGUGGGAUUAUAUACACGAUCACUGACGUUGAGGAGCUUGGUGAGUGGAUGAGGUCUUGCUUGGAGAAACAUCCCAUGUUUGAGUCUUUGACACAGGAGGAGCUUGAUUCUGAUCCUGUUGUUGAGCUUCUGUGCAGUGCUACUGAGGAAGGACAGAAAGUUGCCAGGAAUGGAGGUCAGACUUUCAGAGCCGUUUUCAGACGCAUUGCAUAUGUUUCUUGAAUUCAAUCUCUUUCUUUCUUUUUUGUAGUGAACACCUUAUUGUUGUUGUAACACCAGAUUCUUUCUUCACUUCAAAUUUAUUGGGAUAGUAUUUUUACAGAAA